AUGUUUCGACCAGUGGUGGUGCUUACGAAACAAAACCCACGCGGUUCAAAACCGCCGCAUUUUCAGAACCUUGCAUAUACUACAGCGUCUUCCAAUACUCCUGGUAGCACUGGCUCUGAUCGAGGCCGAGGUCGAGGUCGAGGUCGCGGGUCUAAUUCAGGGCCAAUAACCGUAGCCGGCAAAACUUUUGAUAUUUCGCCAGCAACGCGAAAAAAAAUAGAAGUAGACAAUGCUAGACUUAAUAAUUUGGGUUCUCCUUUUAAUAAGGAUUUAGAGAAACUUACUAAUAAUUUAAAGACUGCAAUUCCUCCUCCUCUUUCCUCAACACAACAAUUUGAAGAUGCAGAAGAAUCUGUAUCUAAAGGUAGACCACAACAAUCAAAAUAUCAGAAAAUGAGACAAAAUAAUAAAAUAUCAGGUAGAGACAACCAAUACACUGACAUGAUAGUCUCAUUAGUUAAAGGUACAAUUAUGGAUUCGAAGAAUACUGAAAAAUUUGCAAAGACAAAAGGUAUUCCAAUGAAGUCACCGUGGCCUGAUAAGAAACAAAAGAAUGCGGAUGAAUUGUUGUCGAUUAUCUCUGAUCUUGCAAGCAACGAGCAAGAAAAAACGAAUAUAGAGAAAAAGAAAGAAAUAGAUAGUCAGCCAUCGUCAAUUGCCCUUCCAAAGUCCUCUGUUUCUGAUGUUUCAUUAAAACAAGAUCAAGAGGUCCCAGCAGAGGAAAUUCUAAGUGAAAUUUAUCAACUUGCAGUUACUCAAGAAGGAUCAGAUGAACAUGAAGACGAUGAAGCGAAGAAAACAUGGCAAGCUAAGAUAACGGCUAGGAAAAAGAAAAUCUCUUCAGCUACUAUUGUUCCACAUGCCAGACGUCAAUUCAUCUCAGAUGAGAUACAAUCAAUAAAGCUAAAGACUAAGCCUCUUGAGGAUGGAUCCAUAGCUUCAAGUGAUGUCAAAAAAGAAGAGUCAAUGGAUCAGCAAUCUAAAGAUAAUGCUAUUCGUGAUAAUAAUAAUAGUAGUAGUAUUAGUAACAAAUUUGCUGAUGAUGAUGAUUUAGAAAUAAUCACCAAAUCAAAAUGGAAAUGGGAAUAUCCAACAAUUGGUAUUGAUGGAUCUAAUGAUGAUUCACCCAUUUUAUUGGACCCCACUGUAAAGAAUAAAAUUUCAUCAAACGUUUGGAAAUGGGAUAGAAAUAAAGCAGCAGAACUUUUCCCGGACUUUUCUGAACCAAUUUCUGAUGCAAUGGAUUCCGGAGAAGCUCAAAAACAAUGGACACGCAAUAAACGUCUAAAUCAAAUGUCGGGAACUUUUGAUCAGCCAGCAUCGAUUCAAUAUGACAGGACGAGGGACACAUAUCCAAGAAGAGGGGGAUAUGAUAAUAGAGGAAGACCAACUGAAGGCAAUCGUAACCAAUUUCGUGGUGGCGGAGGUAUGAAUCGUCAGAGUCAAAAUCGAAGACCCACAAGUUUCCGAGUCCAUGCACAACUAGCAUCACCGGAAAACUUGCAAUUCACAAGUACCGUAAAAACAGAAUUUGACUGGUCACAAUUCGAUUCAAAAUAUCCCCCUGUCAAAAAUUAUUUUUUGAAAUCAGCAGCUAAACUAUCGCCGAUAGAGCGUACUGGAUUAAAAUUGGAGAUAAUUGGUGGUGAUUAUCUUCGCUAUUUGAGCCUAUCACCGAGUCUCGAAACUGUGUUGAAGGAAAUAAACGAGCGGCAAAGGGAAUCGAUCGAACAAACGGUGAAAUCAAUGAACAUUCUACUUGACAAUAAUACAUCAUAUUCGUAUUCUAUAGACAAGAAAGCGAUGUUUCUAGGAACUUUUAUUGAAGGGAUGCAGGGUCGAUUCAGGACUUUGUUACCACCUACUGAAGAAGCACGGAAAACUGCUAGAAAAUGA